GAAACCAGAUGUCUUGACCACCGGUGCUGGGAACCCCGUAGGGGAUAAGCUGAAUAUUCUGACAGCAGGGCCACGUGGACCUCUUCUUGUUCAAGAUGUUGUGUUCACUGAUGAGAUGGCUCAUUUUGACAGAGAGAGGAUUCCUGAAAGAGUUGUGCAUGCAAAAGGGGCAGGAGCCUUUGGCUAUUUUGAAGUCACUCAUGAUAUUACCCAGUAUUGUAAAGCAAAAGUGUUUGAACACAUUGGAAAAAGAACUCCAAUUGCCAUACGAUUCUCCACGGUUGCUGGAGAAUCUGGGUCAGCUGAUACAGUUCGUGACCCUCGAGGCUUUGCAAUGAAAUUCUAUACAGAAGAGGGCAAUUGGGAUCUUGUGGGAAAUAAUACUCCUAUCUUCUUUAUCCGGGAUGCAAUGUUGUUUCCAUCAUUCAUCCAUAGCCAAAAGAGGAACCCUCAGACUCAUUUGAAGGAUCCAGACAUGAUGUGGGACUUCUGGAGUCUUCGCCCCGAGUCUUUGCAUCAAGUGUCUUUCUUGUUCAGUGAUCGUGGUAUUCCCGAUGGUUUUCGCUAUAUGAAUGGAUAUGGAUCACAUACUUUUAAACUGGUCAAUGCUAGUGGAAGAGCAGUUUAUUGCAAAUUCCAUGCGAAGACUGACCAGGGCAUCAAAAAUCUUUCUGUUGAAGAAGCAGGAAGGUUGGCUUCUACUGAUCCCGAUUAUGCAAUACGUGAUCUUUACAAUGCCAUUGCCAAGGGGAACUGUCCGUCGUGGUCUUUCUACAUUCAAGUUAUGACGUUUGAAGAAGCAGAGAAGUUUCCAUUUAAUCCUUUUGAUUUAACUAAGAUUUGGCCGCAUGGUGACUACCCUCUCAUCCCUGUGGGAAAGCUUGUCUUGAACAGGAAUCCAGUCAAUUACUUUGCAGAGGUAGAACAGAUGGCAUACGAUCCCAGCAACAUGCCACCUGGUAUUGAACCUAGCCCUGAUAAAAUGCUGCAGGGUCGUCUUUUCUCAUAUCCUGACACUCAUAGACACCGUCUGGGACCUAACUAUCUACAAAUUCCUGUGAACUGCCCCUUCAGAGCUCGGGUGGCCAAUUACCAGAGGGACGGACCAAUGUGUGUUUCUGACAACCAAGGCGGUGCCCCAAACUAUUAUCCAAAUAGCUUUACUGGUCCGGAAGAUCAGCCCCUUGUAAAGGAGAGCCGCAUGUAUGUUUCAGGAGAUGUGCAGCGCUUCAAUAGUGCAAAUGACGAUAAUGUGACUCAGGUGCGAGAAUUCUAUACCAAAGUGCUGAAGGAGGAUGAACGCCAAAGGCUGUGUAAAAACAUUGCUGAUCACCUUAAAGACGCACAACUCUUCAUUCAGAAGAGAGCUGUGAAGAACUUCACUGAUGUUCAUCCUGACUAUGGUGCUCGUAUUCAGGUGUUGCUGGACAAGUACAACGCUGAAAAUGCGAAAAAGGAUGUAAUUAGGACAUACACACAGUCCGCAUCUCGUGUGUCUGCCAAAGAAAGAUCCAACUUGUAAAGUGUGCUGCAGAGACUUACUCUGAUUUUUGCGUCCUUACAACUGUUGUUGAAGAUGUUAAUGAAUGUAGCAGACUUCCACACAAAUACAGAAGUAUUCUACAGGCUUGGUUUUAUUAAGCUUUCAAGUGCCUGUAUCUAUAUUGGAAACUAGGGAAUGCAAGCUAACAAUCCUAGUGCCUUCCAACACUAGUGCUUUAUUGUUUGUUAACAUGCAGUGUUUUAAAGGAAAUUCAUAAUUUAAAAUUGUCUUCAUUCUAGAAACAAACAUAAGUUUAAUACUGAUUAAUUUUUUUUAAUUGUAAAACUUCCCUGACUAAAUCACACAGUAGAGAUUCUAUAAUGAUACUGUGAAUAUCCUUACAGAUAAACUUGUUCAUAUUAAAAAGUUGAUACUGCUCAAUACUUCUAAUAAAAUAGUUAUCUGUGUGUAUUUG